AUGCUAGGCUUGGGGCGUCCUCGAUUGAAAGCGCGACCGUCCUUGUUGGACCUAAUCUCGAAGCACACGUUGACACUGCCAUCACCGCCCGCCGAGCUGCCACCGCUUCCAGACUCGCCCUCCUCAACCACCUCCACCCUUCCUGUGUCCCCCCAUUCCACGCAGGCUUCCUCAAUUAUGCCUUCAGACGAUACUGAGAACAAUGGAAAGAUCUUCUCGGUCUCCGGCCCUGUGGUCGUGGCCGAGCACAUGAUCGGUUGUGCCAUGUACGAGUUGUGCCGUGUUGGACACGGCUUGCUCGUCGGCGAGGUCAUUCGUAUCGAGAACGACAAAGCCACCAUUCAGGUUUACGAAGAGACAGAUGGUUUGGCCGUCGGUGACCCAGUCGAAAGGACUGGAAAGCCCCUUUCUGUCGAGUUGGGCCCUGGUCUGAUGGAGACAAUUUACGAUGGUAUCCAGCGACCCCUCAAGGCGAUUUCCGACCAGUCCAAGGGUAUCUACAUUCCCCGCGGUAUCACUGUCAAUGCCCUGGACCGCGAGCGCAAGUGGGACUACAAGCCUACCAACUUCAAGGUUGGCGAUCACAUCACUGGCGGAGAUAUCUGGGGUAGCGUGUUCGAGAACAGUCUGGUGAACGACCACAAGAUCCUGCUGCCUCCUCGCGCACGGGGUACCAUUACUCGUAUCUCCCCUGCCGGUAGCUUCACCGUUGACGAGAAGCUGCUCGAGGUGGAGUUUGAGGGUAAGAAGACCGAGUACGGUAUGAUGCAGACCUGGCCCGUUCGUGUUCCCCGCCCGGUCAACGACAGACUGUCCGCCGAUGCGCCCUUCAUCGUCGGCCAAAGAGUGCUGGAUGCUUUGUUCCCCAGUGUUCAGGGUGGUACUGUCUGCAUUCCCGGUGCUUUCGGAUGUGGAAAGACCGUUAUUUCCCAGAGUGUGUCCAAGUUCUCCAACAGUGAUAUCAUCGUCUACGUCGGAUGUGGUGAGCGCGGUAACGAGAUGGCUGAAGUCCUGAUGGACUUCCCCGAGCUCUCCAUCGAGAUCGAAGGUCGCAAGGAACCCAUCAUGAAGCGUACCUGCCUUAUCGCCAACACCUCCAACAUGCCCGUCGCCGCCCGUGAGGCCUCUAUUUAUACCGGUAUCACCAUCGCCGAAUACUUCCGUGACCAAGGAAAGAACGUGGCUAUGAUGGCGGACUCCAGUUCUCGUUGGGCCGAGGCUUUGCGUGAGAUUUCCGGUCGUCUGGGUGAAAUGCCCGCUGACCAAGGUUUCCCCGCUUACCUCGGAGCCAAGCUGGCCUCCUUCUACGAGCGUGCCGGUAAGAGCAGUGCUCUCGGUAGCCCCGAGCGUGAGGGCAGUGUCAGCAUCGUCGGUGCGGUCAGCCCGCCCGGUGGUGAUUUCUCCGACCCCGUCACUACCAGUACCCUUGGUAUUGUACAGGUCUUCUGGGGUCUUGACAAGAAGUUGGCGCAGCGCAAGCAUUUCCCCUCGAUCAACACCUCCAUCUCCUACAGCAAGUACAACACCGUUCUGGGUAAAUACUACGAGAAGGAUCACCCAGAGUUCCCUCGUCUCAGUGAUCAAAUCCGUGAGUUGCUGGCCAAGUCCGAGGACCUCGACCAGGUCGUUCAGCUGGUCGGUAAAUCCGCUCUUGGAGAUUCCGAUAAGAUUACAUUGGAUGUUGCCAGUUUGGUCAAGGACGACUUCUUGCAGCAGAACGGAUACAGUGACUACGACCAGUUCUGCCCCUUGUGGAAGACCGAGUAUAUGAUGAAGGCCUUCAUGGGCUACCACAACGAGGCACAAAAGGCUAUCGCUCAGGGACAAAACUGGGGCAAGGUUCGCGAGGCUACCUCUGAUAUUCAGACCUCUCUCCGGGGCAUGAAGUUCGAGUUGCCCGAGAAUGAGCAGGAGGUCUCGGCCAAGUACGAGAAGAUCCUCCAGUCUAUGACGGAGCGGUUCGCCAGUGUCUCGGAUGAGUGA